GUUUCGUGAGCACAUCCACUCAACCAAAGCAUGUGCAAGGCGGACAUCUCCUUCCUCCUCAACCCCUCCGCCACGGCGGACCAUGCCGGCGACAGCGUCGAGGUGGCUGUUGCGCCUUCGUCUCCGUCCAUGUCGCUCUUCCACUGCCUGUCCUCAGUGAUGCAGAGCCCCGAACCAGCCUCGCCGUCGACGUCGCACCAGCGCCGCCUGAUCGCGUCAUGCAUCGCUCCGCGUGAAAAGAAAUUCAAGAGCAUGCGUUCGUACGGGGAUGACAAGGCAAACCUCCCCAUGCUUUCGUUGGCUGCUCUGUGCGUGUCCAAUGAGCCAUUCGACCCGACGCUUGAGCUGUCGGCAGUCACCGAGGCUGCAUCCCGUCCUCGCAAGAGCCACACUCCCCCCUGCCAGAUCGAGGGCUGCAAGAACCUCUCCGUCUCCCGAGGCCUCUGCGUCCGUCAUGGCGGCGGCUCCAAGUGCACCGAGCCUGGCUGCAACAAGCGCGCCAAGCUCUAUCAGCGCUGCUUCCAGCACGGAGGCUACAAGAUGUGCACCGAGCCCGGCUGCACCAAGAAGGCCAAGCGCUACGGCCACUGCUGGUCGCACGGCGGCGGUCACAUCUGUGAGGCUCCCGAGUGCACGAAGGUGUCGACCCAGGGCGGAUUCUGCUGGGCCCACGGCGGCGGCAACCGUUGCAAGCACGAGGGCUGCAAUCGUCGCUCGUACCAGAAGUACGACUACUUCUGCCUGCGCCAUGCGCCUCGCAUUUUGGUUUCGACAACUACGGGAGCUGCUGUGGGAGCUAGCUUGUAG